AUGAGUGACGACUCUAAAACAGGUUGGAUUUGGAAGCUUUCCAAAGAGCAGUUGAAAAUCGAAUUGCAAAAUCGUGGAGUGCCGUUCAGUGAAAGUGAUAAGCGCGACAAUUUACGUGAAUUGUUGGUGAAAUUCGUGCGUCAAAUCGCAGAAAAGUCCGAACCAUUGGAAAGUUCAAAAGUCGAAGGCAUAGAACCUUUAACAAGCAAUCGGCCUACAUCGACAUCGGUCGAAACCAAAACAAAGGCAGAGGUCGACGAGAUCGAAUCUAAAGCAAACAACAGCUCUGAUUUUGAGGAAUCCUACGAUACAUUAGUCGAUUCGGACACAGACAGCACAAUGUCAGAAAAUAAUUCAAAAAUAAAAUUUUGUCUUAACAAGGAUAAAUGGGACACGUUUAUAGAACGUUUGGAAUUUCAAUUUCUGGCGCGUGAUACAGUCGACGCAAAAAAAGCAGCAAUACUGCUUACAUCGAUCGACGAAGAUGCAUAUGAAUUAAUAAAACAUCUGUGCUCUCCAGAAAAAUUGUCGGAUAAAAAGUACGACGAACUCACAAAAUUGAUGCAGGAUCACUUAAGUCCUCAGCCUUCCGAGGUUAUAGAAAGAAACAAAUUCUAUAAAGCAUUCCAAGAGCAAAGUGAAAGCGUUACCGAUUUUGCUACAAGGUUAAAAAAAUUGUCCUUGUACUGCAAAUUUUCAAAUCUCGAAGAUUCCUUGCGUGAUCAAUUUGUAUGUGGUUUGCGCGAUCAAGAGACGAAAGUCAAACUUUUUGAAAUGGAUUCACUGACAUAUAAUUCUGCACUCAAAGGGGCGGUGGCACGCGAGACUGCACAGAAAAAUGCAUCCAGCUCUAAUGAAAGAAGAAACUUUCAACAGGAUGUAUUAGCGUUAGAUUCGCACAGUUCUAGUAUGCGACAAAAUUUGAAAUCGAGUCAAAAAAAGAAUUAUGUCAAAUUUCCCCGCUCAAAGAUUGGUGAACAAUCAAUAAAAGACAAUACAUGUUGGAAUUGCGGCGGUCGUGGGCAUACGCGUUAUCAAUGUCCAAGCCCAAGUACAUCGAAACCAAGGCAAAACAACGAAUGUGCUAGUUGCGGGAAAGCAGGACAUCGACGAGACACAUGUAAAUACAAAAAUAAUACAUGCGAGCACUGCCACAAGUACGGACACAUUCAAAGUGCCUGUUUCUCGAAGAAAGCACAAGCCAAAAGCGCUCUCAAGAAGUUAGACAAAGACAACAGCGACUGUGAGGACGUUACCGACGAUGAGCAAGCAUCAAACGAUACGCACUACAUCAGCGCCAGCGACCAUCGAAAGGAUUUCUACAAGUUAGAAUUCAAAAAUAAAGCGUAUGUAAACAAAACUUUUGUAAGUGGAGAUCGCGACGGCGAACCGAUGUAUGUUAACGUAUGUGUGAAUGAUACGGAUAUUAAAAUGGAAAUAGAUACGGGUACUUACGAGACUGUUAUAUCUGAAAAAAUUUUGCACGAAAAAUUUAAAAAAUGGAAUGUUUGCGAUACGGUUGUAAGUUUACGUGGAUAUGACGGUACUGUUAUGAAUCCGAUCGGUAAGUUGUCGAACUUGAAAAUAAAUCUUCGAAAUAAAACACGUGAGCUUGACUGUUAUGUAUUGCCCGGCAGAGGGCCAGCGCUUUUAGGACGUAAAUGGCUUGCAGCAUUCGGAUGCUGGCCAUUGAAUAUAACUGAAAAUCUCGAUAAAUUAAUGAUUAAUAAAAUUGAUAUUAAACAUGUACCGGAUUACAUUAUUAAUAAGUAUAACGAAUUAUUUAGUAAUACACCGGGUUGCUACAAUAAAAGUAAAAGUAAAAUUUAUUUAAAAGAUGGUACUAAGCCAAUUGCAUUUAAAUGUCGACAUGUUGCACAUGCAUUAAAGCCGCUAAUCGAAAAUGAAAUAGAACGUUUGGUCUCGCUGGAUCACUUGGAGCCAGUCGAGGUUAGCGAAUGGGCUACUCCGAUAGUGCCCGUGUUUAAAAGUAAUGGCAAUAUACGCAUAUGCGGAGAUUUUAAAAUCACUGUAAAUCCACAUAUAAUUAUGAAUAAAUAUCCGCUUCAUACUAUUGAUGAUAUCUUUUCUGCCUUGCAAGGUGGUUUAACUUUUACCGAGUUAGAUUUGCGGCACGCAUAUAUGCAGUUCGAAGUAGAUGAAAGUUGCCGAGAUCUCCUAACAAUUAUCACUCAUAAAGGUUCUUUUCGUUAUAAAAAAAUUCCAGAAGGUAUAGCGCCGGCCCCGGCUGACGUACAAAAGAAAAUGGAUGAAUGUUUAGCUGGUAUAAACGGUACAAUAUCCUAUAUCGACAAUAUUUAUGUAACAGGUCGUACAAACGAGGAGCAUAUAAAAAAUUUAGAGGCUGUUUGUGCGCGACUUCAAAAAUGCGGUCUUCGCGUAAACGUCGAUAAAAGUAAAUUCAUGCAAGAUAAACUCGAUGUUCUAGGUUAUGCAAUAGACAAAAACGGGCUACAUAAGUCCAAAACAAAAGUCGACGCAAUGGUUAAUGCUCCGCAACCUUCAAACACUAAAGAAUUAGCUUCUUUUCUUGAAAAUUUAAAACCGUUGUACGACCUGGCUAACCAGAAAGAAUUUGUAUGGAAUGACGAAUGUAAAAAAGCUUUCAGAUGGGUAAAAAAUGAAUUAAUAUCACCGCGAGUUUUGGCGCAUUAUGAUCCGAACGAACAAAUUAUUUUGGCUUGCGAUGCUUCACAUUACGGGCUCUCCGCAAUCUUAUCGCAUAAAUAUAAAGACAACACAGAACGACCAAUUGCAUAUGCUUCGCAAACGAUACCCAAAAAAGAACUUAAUAGAACAAUACUUGAUAAAGAAGCAAUGGCUAUAGUCCUCGGAAAGGAAUUCCUCAAACGGCUGACAAUAGAUUCCAAAGAUGGGCUUAUUAUUUAUCAGGAUAUCGAUAUAAAAUCGAACAUAUAA